AUGGAGCUUCAUGCCCUCGAUUGGUGUUCAAGGGCAUGUGCGGCCGUAAUAAACGAACGACAGGUGAAACGCCGAAGACUUGAUUUGGUGGAAGAGAAGAGGAUGCCCAUCACUUCUUCAUUCCAGGUCAACCGGCUUCCUCACACGGCCAACUUGUCGCUGUUUGCUUCAGUUCUCCAUCCUCUAUCCAAUGAAAUAAGUCCAAGCGGGUUAAUAAUAUUCAAAAAAUAA